AUGAAAGAAUUUAAACCCAAUACUGGAUUUACUGGAUGGGGUACUGAAAAUGGAACUCCGUACUGUUUGAUUGCUAAUCUCAAAUUCAAGGCUUGCUGCGGUACUAACGUGUGCGGAACUUGUGGUAAAGGGUACGUCGAUCAAGCGUGGAAGUACUGGGUUGAUCAUGGUCUGGUUUCGGGAGGAGAUCACAACUCCAACGAAGUAAGUACUACUGGUACCACUUUUCUUAUACGACGGUUUUUGAACAAGGGUGGUCUACCGUACCUUGACACCAACUCUCACGCCUGUCAGACGUCUUGUACGAACACCAACUACACCAAGUCAUACCGUGCGGACAAACACUACGGAAAAGAGUACUACAGACUGUCGAACGCAGUGGAACAAAUUCAAACCGAAAUUAUGAAUCAUGGACCGGUGGAAGUUACCUUUACGGUGUACACUGAUUUUUACAACUACAAGUCGGGGGUUUAUGUACACACUUCUGGAUACGCUAAUGAAGGACAUGCUGUCAAAGUUAUUGGAUGGGGUACCGAAAAUAACACCCCGUAUUGGCUGAUUGCUAACUCGUGGGGCACCGGAUGGGGUGACUUGGGAGGAUUUUUCAAAAGACUGAGAGGCCAGAACCAUUGUGGGAUUGAAUCGGUGGUGUACGGUGGUACGCCGGUAAGGUACUACGGGUAGAGCACACAUUGUGUCAAUUUGUAGU